AACAAACGACGUGGUGUCGUCGUACAGGUCCUUUGUAAUAGUCGAGCUGUUGCGGUGGGAAAUGGUGGCAGAUUUUGGUUGACGCAGAACAGAAGUUAUUUAGCCCCCACUCAGCCAAUCACAACCCCCGUUUCAAAGCGUGGAGAGCGUGACUGAGAGGAGUCAUGUUGCAGGAGAAGACGCGGGGCGGGACUCAAUCACCCAGAUCCACAAAGUUGUUGCAAAACUUCCGAUCUGCAUCCCGGGACCAGUUGAUAAAGACUUUUCGAAAGGGGAGACAUCUGUUGCUGAGACUGUGAUCAUGGCAGAUGAAGCAGCAGUGGUGGAGGAAGGCUUCAGCCCAGCUCAGAGCCCGCUGGUCUCAGUCACCUUCCAGAGAAACGUCCACAGGAAACAGAAGUACCUGGAGGCUGAGCCCAAAGCUCUGGGGAUCACUCAGAUUGGCCUUAGUGCAUUUCAGAUCACCUGUGUGAGUGUGUUUCUGGCCAACGGCCUGAGUCAUAAGGAGACGGACAUGCCCUUCUUCAUUUCAUCUCUGCUGGUGAUUAUAGCUGGGAGUGUGGCUGUAGCAGCACAGAACCUCCAUCUGCCAACGCUUAGAGCCUGUUUGGGGAUGCAGAUUGUGGCGUGUGGUGCCUCCCUCUUCAACAUGAUCUUUACUCUGGUUAAAAUGGAACCGAUGACCCCGCACUGCUUGCAUUAUUACUACGACAACAACACACUUCAUUAUGGCAAACUCUGCCAGAUGAUUAAGAAUACCCACUCCCACUUUUACGCUGAGGGUGUAGUCAUCCAGGCUGCUCUGCUGGCCAUCUCAGCCACUCUGGCUACCUAUUGCUGCAAGGUGAUCAACUGCUGCGCACCAGCUCCCAAAAUGCCGGUGGUCACAGUACAAGCCCCCCCUGGCCAACAGUGAGGAGAGAGACAGGUCAAGUGCAGAAGAUUGAUGUAGAGUCAUGCACAAAUGCUACUAACUUAAAGCUGCACCAAUCAGUAAUUUUAUAUUGACAAUGAAUGAAAUGACUAUGUGUAAUGUGAGCUGUAUCGCUUGUGGUGCUGAACCCACAGAGAAUUAUCUCCAACUCUGCAGUUCCCCUCUGUGCUACAGAGGUCUGUUGCUUCUUUUAGCUCCUUGUUUUGGUUUUCAAGGCUGCAAACGUCACUCUCAUCAAACCUAUUUCAAGCCACAGCUGUUUUUAGCUAAAAGGCUCUGAUAAAAACCACAGUCCACUACCUGCUCAGCAGUAAACAGCAGACAGACACAGUUAGAGAACAGGUGGAGGUACAUAGUGGAGCAUUUGGCAGCUAAAGAGACAGAUAUUUGACUAAGGUUGGUAAGAACCAAAACAUGAGUCCACAUCAAUGCUAAUGUUGUUCUGUGUCUGUUGAAUGUCUAGACAAGCAACUGUGCUAACGCCAACAAUUUUAGAAGGUGAUAAUAUUUCAGUGUUGUGUUUUACAGCUUGUUCUGCUGCCCCCAAACGGUAAUUGCAGCUUUAAGAAAAAACUUCAGUAUUUUUAGUGAAAUUACAAUGUCCUCACACUUGGCAUAUAACUGUACAUCUUUUUCAUUAGAUAUAUUUUUAUAUGUCCUCAUUCUCUAAUGUAAAAAAGAGGCUAUUACAUGGUAAUGUUAAUGUGAAAAUGUAAUGUGAGAGUAGCACAAGUAGAGAAAAGUCAUGAAGUGGGUGAACAGGUCUGGAACAUCAGUUACACAUAAACAUCUGUCUAAAGUUUGCUAACACUGGCUAACAUUAGCCACCAUAAGCUACUGCACAUACCAGACCAACUUAGGCUUAUGAAUUCAACUUUACUUUUGGAAUAGGACAAAUGUGAUAUUUCUUCUUUUAAAAGGAACAGUCUCACUUAAAUGUACUGAGAAACAUUACAGAGGGUAAAUUAUACAGAUGUGUAGAGACGACAAAUAAAUUUAGUUUUAACGCUUACAACAUAAAUAAGAUAACAAAUAAUGCACAUGAAUGCUUUUCUGAAACUGGUUUUGUUCAGACUGUUGGUUACUUUAUGAUGAUCACUACCUAAAUAAUGCUUUACUGUUGUUUCUUUUGUCACUGCAACUAACAACUACGGAUAAUAAAAAGAUAACAAAUGUAAA